AAAUAAAAUUUUUUGGAAAGGGUUUAGGGGUGUGCGAAUACUCGAAAUUGCAAACAUUCGUGCGAAUCGAAUAUUUGAUUCGAUUCACAUUCGAAACCAAAUUAGGUAUUUGAAAAUUUCAAAUAUUCGAAAGUUUUCGAAUGUAUUAAAAUAUUACUUUUGUUUGACAAAACGUGUGAUACAAUAAUAUGUCGAACCUCGAGAAAUCAUUUUCCGAGAGACUUAAUGGAAGAAAAAAAAACUGUAAGCGGACCUUUACUUACAUAAAAUUUUAGGUUAGGUAAAUGGGCAUACUGAGAACAGUUAAAGCCAAUGUAGCGUGAAAAUUAUCAUAAAUGCUUACGAUUUUACUGCAAACUUUACGUGAUGUGUAGCAUAAUUAUUUUAUUAUAUCCAGUUGCUAAUACAAAUCUAGAGAAUUUUUUUUAACGAUAGAAAAGUAAGCACAGCGGCCAUCAUGGCUACAGCGUGUCCGUUUGUGGUUAUGGCCACCAGAGCGGCCUAUGGCCAGAGACUUGUGUUGCUAGAAUUGCUCCAGCGCAAUUGCUUUUUAAACUACCGAAAAUGUUACGUAAAUAAUUAGAUAAAAUUAAAAAGACAAGAUAAAGAAAAUUCAUUAAAAAUUAUUUUGCCUUGACACGUUUGAUUCCAAAAGACUGAAAACGGAAUAUUGACCAUGCUUACUAGCAGUUGUAAAAAAACAACUCUUCGAUAUAUCGAUUGUUAAUCGCUUGAAUAUUUAUUGCGGAGAAUAAAACUGAUACUUCGAAGAUCUGUUUACUUUCAUAAACUUUCUUUGCCGUUUUUAAUUUUCAGAAGAAGUGAAGUUCUGGACGUAAUUUUUUGAUUCCUGCAUUACGAUAUUCGUGUUUCCGCUGGUUUAAAUUCAAAAUACAACUGGUACAAUGAAUAACGACGACGAAGAUGUUGAUACUAAUACCGCACUGACACGCAAAAGAAGUGUUAUAUGGUCUAAUUUCUCACAAUCAGAAGAUAAGACAUUUGCAAAAUGCAAAUUAUGUAAGAAGGACUAUAAAACUAAACGAGGUACUACAACACCUCUUAUAAACCACAUCAAGUCCACCCACCCCAUUGAAUGGAAGACCUACUGUUCUGAAAUGGCCAGCCUGCAACAGCAGGCUCCUCCUGUCAAGAUCAGCAAAACUUCACAGCUCAGUAUUGAUGCUGCUUUCAAUAAGCAGUACAAGUGGGCACCCAACCACAGUGCAGCACAGAAAAUUACAAAGCAGAUUGCAAGAAUGCUUGCUACAGAUCUUUUACCGUACAGUUUUGUAGAAGGAGAUGGCUUCAGAAAUUUGAUGAAGGAAGUAGCUCCUCAGUAUCAAAUUCCUGCUAGAACAACAUUUUCCACCAACUAUGUAACAAAAUUGCAACAAGAGGUAAGGUCUCAACUGAAAGCUGAAUUUGUGCAUGACAUGACAAGUAUGUCCAGUUUGUCACUUAAAACUGAUGCUUGGACAUCCAAGGCUGGAGAUAGCUAUGUAAGCAUCACUGCCCAUUACCUCACUUCAGAUUUUUCAUACAAAUCAUUCCUGAUGGACAUAAUCAACAUGAACACAUCACACACAGGUCAGAAAAUUGCUGAAGAGUUGAGUUUGUCAGUGAAUUCCUGGGGAAUAACCGUAACAGAAACAACUAUUCCAAUAUACUGUGUGACAGAUAACGGAGCAAACUUCCAGCUUGCUUCACGACUUCUGUUUGGGGAUAAAGCCCGUGUUUGCUUUGCACACUCUCUACAGUUGUCUAUAGAUCACACCUACCGCGAAUGUCAUGGAGCAUCAAAUCUCUUGGCAAAAGCAAGACAGGUGGUUGGUCAUUAUCGACGCAGCAGCAAAGCCAGGGAAAGCCUUCACAGCCAGAUGGAACAAAUGGGUCAACCUGUUUUGGAAAUGAUACAACAUGUUGACACUAGGUGGUCGUCAGAUUAUUCUAUGUUAGAGAGGCUUCUUCAAAUAAAAGCACCACUGGUUGCAGACCAAAUAAACACUGAUAGCACAGAAAUGUUAACUAGCUCGGAAUGGAAGCAGAUGGCUGGAAUAGUGGCCAUUCUUAAGCCUCUUGCUGAUGCCACUCGAGAAAUAAGUGGCAAUUUAUAUCCAACAUCUUCCAUGGUUAUUCCUAUGUUAAAAUGUCUGCACAGUCACCUUAAUGAUUACAUUGAUAAAAAGGCUGAUGGAGUUAUUUUUGCGAAAUGUCUUUCAAAACAUCUUUUGGCACAAUUUCCAAAUUACAUAGAAGACAAAGUAUUUCUCGUAGCAAUGAUUGUUGACCCUAGGUACAAAGAUGCAUUUGUUAGCAAGAUUGUUGCACAAGCCACACUCAAAGCGCACAUCAAACACAUUGCAAGAUGUGAACAACAUACUACACACAAUCAGAAGUUGGGUGACCCCACCACCUCCGCCAGUACAUCAGGACUUUGGUCAGCACUUGACAAACUUCCCAACGAAGAUUUACAAGACAGUGACUGUGCUCAAGAAAUACAAACAUAUUUGACAGAGAAACGUAUCCACCGAACAAGUGACCCGUGGAAAUGGUGGGAAAACUUUGGUAAAACAAAGUUUCCAAACAUAGCGAAUGUUGCUUUGAUGUACCUGAGUAUACCUGCAACUCAGGUUGCUUCAGAACGUUGUUUUUCUGCUUCUGGGAACAUUGUCACUUCCAAGAGGCAAUGCCUGGAUCCAGAACAUGUGAAGGAAUUGGUCUUUUUGCACUGCAAUUUACAUAAUGUUGAUGGCAAGGUGUAGGCUUGGCUUUUGAUAAAGACAUUUCUAUAUCA